AAAGACUUUAAGGUUGGUUGGGUUCGGCCCAGAAAAGCUAAGCGAUGACUGAACUCGCCGAAGUAUACCGUCUUUGGGUCUUGACUCUUGAGUCUUGACUUCUGUCGGCGAUUCAAAGCUUAUCUCAUCACCCAGAUUCCUCGUUGGGUACCCUGCUAGGCUCUAACAUUGUACGGCUACCUUCCCUUGCUGGAAUUCUCAUUUCAUUCUAUCCAUGGCAGCGCCAGGGACUUUUCUUAAUUAGGAAACAUCUCAUUGGCUUUAUACUUUGUUUUCAUUCUCGCCUUUCUCGCAAAGUGAUUCUCUGAUUUCGGGCUUUAGAAAGAGUAUCUACAUUUUUCCACCAUGGUCGAGAGGAAACUAUUCAAGACGAAGCUGUGCGUUUUGUACCAGAAGGGCCGCUGCACUCGCCAGAGUUGCUCGUUUGCCCACGGCGACUCGGAGCUCCGGGGAUUCUCCGGUUCCUAUUCUGCUCGACGGGAAUAUCAUGGUAGUGACUUAAGGAAUAAGCUUGACAGGAGGCACUCUCCACCACAAAGGUAUUCGCCAGUGAGAGAUGCAAGAGGCCGACAAACACUUCGUGAGUAUAGCUCUUCCAUAUCAAUUGAACGGACGAGAAAACGUACAAAAAAACAACACUUUGAAGGCCAAGGUGAUUUUUCUGGAAGUUUGAGAAUCUCUGAGCGAACUGAAGAUAGAGUUAAAGAAGGAAAAAUUGCAUCCACCGAUUCCAGGGAUGAUCUCAAGGAUCAGUUAAAGAAAAUGCAGUCGGAUAUUAACAUGCUUGAACAUCAAAAACUUCAGCUAGGGGUCUAUCUAGAAGAGAGGGUCCAGGAAGCAGAUAGUCUGACGUCUAGAAUUCAGGAGCUUGAGGCUCAAUUAUAUAAAGAGAAAGAGGAAUGUAAAAGGAUCACCUCAAAAAUGAAGAAGUUUGUGAAGGUACAUAAUCGUCAUUCACGGAUACAAGAUGAACUGAAGAGGUCACAAGUGCGACUUCAGAAGUUGGGAGAUCAGCUUGGGUCAGAUAUUACUAGAAAUGGUGCCAACGAAGAGGAUUCCAUAAAUAUCGUGAGUGAUGGAGAAACUAAUGGUUUUCCUGUAUCCAAUCCACAAAAUGAUCUGCAGAAUGAUGCUUCUUCCUGCAAGAAAAGGCUGUGUGUUAAUUGGGAUCCUUCUGAAGGAGCAAAACAAGCUGAUUCAACAAGAGUAGGACAUCUGGACGAAACAAUCAGAUUCAAGAAGCUUUCUAGGUGGAAUCUGAAUCUGCAACCUGUCCAGUCAAAUGAAAGUAAUGAAAUUGAGGCAUCGCAUAAUGGAACUGACGGUGCUAAGAGCCUAGCAAUGGAAGGCAAGAAUAAGCGAGGAAAGACUGUUCUUACAAGCGUCCUCAAUGCAGAUAAGACGAAGGCUUUGGAUUCAACACUUGUACCAUCGACCAGCAUGGCUGCUCAUGUAGAAGACGAAGAGGUUGAGAUUGAAUUGGACAGAAUUGAGGUGAAUGAACCUGCAGCUACAGGAAUUGGGAAAGGACCUGCAAAUGAGAUCAUGGGUGUGCUGCCAUUUCAACUUCCCCCACCACCUCCAAUCCGUUGGAAUAGUUAUUUGCUGCAUGAGGGUGACAAUGAGAAUGUAGAUGUGGAUGCGCUCGAAGAAGAGAUUGAGAAUGUUGACAUUUUUUAAACUUUUAAUAGCAGUAAGAGUUUUGAUGGUUAUCUUAGCGUAUAUAUAUAGCCCUUCUAAUACUUGGUACUUGGUCGUGUGUUAUUAGUAGAAGCAUGGAGUGUGGAGCAUUCUUGUACAAAGCUGGAUUCUGUGGACGUAAUAUUUCUCUAAUUGGAUGCCAUUGUGUUUCAAA